GCGUCCCCCGGGCAGGGGCAGGUGCGGCGCGGAGCUGGGCUGGCGGACGUGAGGCCGCGGGCGGGUUGCUGCGACGCCGCGUUGGGUCGCGCUCAGCGGGGAGGCCUCGGUGGCCGCAUCAGUGCUGACGUGGGGCGACGUGGGUCGGCGCCGGUCCCGGUGGGGCUCGUCGUCCCACCUCCUAGCGUCCGUAAGCAGUGACGAGGCCCGCUACGUAAAUCUCUUCGCGGCGGCAGUGGAUUCUGCUGCUCAUUGACUGAAAUAGACGAAAGCAGGCACCAGGAUAAAUAAAGAAGAAAACGAAGGAGCAAAGCAUUGAUUACAAAUGUCUUAAUAAUGAGCAAAUGUGGCAGGAAAAAAUAUAGUAAAACAAAUCUAAGACAAAUGACCAUGGAAACAAUUGACUCUCAGCAGGAUGGAAGUAUACCAGAUUCUGUGGCAGAGAGCAAAUCUGCUCACAUGCAGACGCAGACUGGUCAAAAUUCAAUCCCCACUUUAGCUCAGGUUUCUGUAGCUGGGUCAGGCACCGGAAGAGGCUCCCCAGCUGUAACUCUAGUACAGUUACCUUCAGGCCAAACUGUACAUGUCCAGGGAGUAUUUCAGACACCACAGCCAUCGGUUAUUCAGUCGCCACAAAUACAAUCUGUUCAGGUAGCAACAAUUGCAGAGACAGAUGAGUCUGCAGAAUCAGAAAGUGUAAUUGAUUUUCAUAAACGCAGAGAACUCCUUUCACGAAGACCCUCUUACAGAAAAAUACUGAAUGACCUUUCCUCUGAUGUGCCUGGUUUUCCCAAAAUUGAAGAAGAAAAAUCCGAGGAAGAAGGAACGUCACCUAAUAUCGCUGCUAUGGCAGUGCCGACUAGCAUAUAUCAGACUAGCACGGGGCAAUACACCAUGAAGAUCCAAGGAAGCAAUAUCUCUUCUUUUUCAGACUUCUUUCAAACCCUUUUAUUUUUAAGGGUUGCUAUAGCCCAAGGUGGAACAAUCCAGAUUUCUAACCCAGGAUCUGAUGGUGUUCAGGGACUGCAGGCAUUAACAAUGACAAAUUCAGGAGCUCCUCCGCCAGGUGCUACAAUUGUACAGUACGCAGCACAGUCAGCAGAUGGCACACAGCAGUUCUUUGUCCCAGGCAGCCAGGUGGUGGUUCAAGAUGAGGAAACUGAACUUGCCCCAAGGCACAUGGCUGCCACCACUGGUGACAUGCCGACUUACCAGAUCCGAGCUCCGUCUACUGCUUUGCCUCAGGGAGUAGUGAUGGCUGCCUCGCCGGGAAGCCUGCACAGUCCCCAGCAACUAGCAGAGGAAGCCACACGCAAACGAGAGCUGAGGCUAAUGAAAAAUAGGGAAGCUGCUAAAGAAUGUCGACGUCGAAAGAAAGAAUAUGUCAAAUGUCUGGAGAGUCGAGUUGCAGUGCUGGAAGUUCAGAACAAGAAGCUCAUAGAGGAACUGGAAACCUUGAAAGACAUUUGCUCUCCUAAAACAGAUUAGUAGAAAUAUUUAACUAUGAACUGAUUGCAAUAUGUACAGUUGCUUUUGAAGGCAAUACAAUAUAAAGCCAGAAAGAAUUAUGACUUUUUUUUCCCUUUAUCAUUCAUCGUAUUUUCUAAUCUCUAACAUUCCCAAACUGCUUCACUGUACAUAGUUAACUCUUAGCUGUAACUUCAAUUUUUUAAAAGAGGCAAACUGUAAAGAAAAAAAAAAAAAAAAGUACGUAACAAAUUCUUAAAAUGCAACAUUUGUAAGGCUUGUUCCAGUGCCACAUAUCUGCAGUUCCCGAUCUCUGUGUCAUGAACAGUGUCCUAUGCAAUAAAAAAUCUUUGCAGGUCUUUAAAAAUCAUUUUAGGAAAGGAUGAUCAAAGAUAAUGCAUCCAGCAGUACAAUAAAAGUAAACCACAAAAAAUACCUCAGGAAAGAACUGAAAGAAAGAAUUGAAAGAAUCUAAUGACAUGCCUAUGUGAAAAUAAUAGCCUAUAAAUGAAUUUAUGGCAUUUGCAGAUUUUUAUAUUGGUUGCUUUGUAAAGAAAAUAUUGUAUUGCUGUCCUUGAAUGCCAUAGUUGAAGAGAGUUUUUAAUAGAACCAUGUUGGUUAC